GUCCCCGUCUGGGACGGCUCUAGGGCUGCCCUGCGGACCGCCUGUCAGGACCCGCCGCCGUCAGCCGCUCGUCCCCACGAGCGCGGGCGACCCCGGCACGGCACGUGCUGCUGCCCUAUCGGUAGCAGGCACCCUCCGCGAUGGCGUGGAGAGGACGUUGCCGUCUGCCCCGGCGUGGAUCGACAGAACGACUGAAGGUUGUUAAUGGUACACCUAACACUGCAUCGCCGUCCACUGCACUCAAUUGUAAGUAAACUCACCAGUGUCCUGGUCCUGCCAGAUGCUAGCCACCCUCCCAACACCUUACCACCAGCACGACGACGAGACGAUGGAGUUUUCGCGCCAUUUCCGGAGCGCGGAGCAGCGAGGUGUUGCUUCGGGUACGGCCGGCGGGAGACAACCAGUCACUCCGCACGCCAGCUCUCGGUUGGCUGCAAGUCGCGCGCCAGUUACAACCACCCCUCCGCAAAUUCUCAACCGUCGCGCGGGAACCUGAAGCGAAUGCUACGAACAGCGAUCUUCACGAUGCCUCUUUUAUCAGCAAUUUAUCUUACUACAUAUAUUAUGCUUAGUUUGUGGGCAGGAACUGAUAUUUUCAAUAGUUACGAAGGAAAAAUUAGAAGGCAAAUGUGUACAGAUACUCCUACGAUCGGCGGGAGCAGGAACCACACGCGGCGUAGCGCAGAUGGCGACCUGCCCCCGCCGCCGUUCGAGCCGCACGACCACCCCAACUGGCAGCUGUUCGAGCACGAGCAGUGCGGCGCCGUGGCGACGGACAGGACCGCCUAUGGGGAUGAGGUGGCCUUGGGGGACUUCAGAUGGGUUGCCAGGAUAGGCUACAUAAGUGACGAGGAGAACAUUCCCAAGUUCGGAUGUGGAGCAGUUCUUGUGAGCAAGUACUAUCUUGUCACGGCAGCACAUUGCGUCAUCAACCUCCCCAACAAGCUGAAAAUAGGCGUGGUGCGGCUGGGCGAGCACGACUCCAGCACGGACCCCGACUGCCAGGGAGGCUUCUGCAGCGACCCGGUGAUGGACUACCGGGUCGCCGAGGUCAUGGCGCACCCCGCGUACGGCCGCUACAAGAACGACAUAGCGCUCAUCCGCACUGACCGCGAGGUCGAGUUCACAAAAUGGAUUAAACCGAUAUGCGUAAUCGCUGGACCGCUGAUGAACCAGAGCUUUAUUGGAGACCAUCCUGCCGUAGCGGGAUGGGGAGUGUACGGCCUUGACAAACCGGAGCGGAGCGUGCGCAUGCAGAAGGCACGGCUGCAGGUGGUGGAGAGCGGGCAGUGCGAGCCCACGUACCGGCGGCUCGUCCGACUCGACGACACGCAGAUGUGCGCGGGCGGCACCGUCUGCGUGGGCGACUCCGGGGGACCGCUCAUGCUGCUCGACGGCAGCCGCUACUUCCUCGUGGGCGUGCAGUCACUGAGCUCCAGUCGCUGCGGCUCCUCCGGCAAGCCCGGCGUCUACACGCGCGCCUCGGCCUUCAUGCAGUGGAUCAUGGAGCACAUGCAUCCGUGACACCUCCUCCAGUUUGCAGCAUGGCCAUGCCAUUUGUUGGGGUCCUCUCCUUAAUGUAAAAAUAAGCAAAUAUUACUACCUAUAAAAUCUUAAUCUAAGAAGAUAUAUUUCUGGUUAAGUAAAUGUUCUUAUACCUUGACUCUUUUAACAUCUUAAUGUUCGCAAACUGAUAAUUAUUUCAAAAAGUUUUUUUUUUUCAAAUGCAUACAAGUUAUAUAUUAGUACCGGUAUGUAUUGUAACGAAUGUGUAUUUUUUUUGUUUGUUUGUUCGAAGAAUAAUAGAAUUUUACUUUGAAAAUCUUUAGAA